AUGGUGAGAUCUGGAAAAGUUGUUUUGAAGAGGAUAGAAAACAAGAUAAACAGACAGGUAACCUUUUCAAAGAGAAAAUCUGGUCUUUUCAAGAAAGCCCAUGAAAUCUCUCUUCUUUGCGAUGCUCAAGUUGCCUUGAUCAUCUUCUCCCCUAGAGGCAAACUCUUUCACUACUCUUCUUCUUCUUCCGAUUCCUGCAUGGAAAAUAUCCUUGAAAGACAUGAAAGUUAUUCUUAUGGUGAAAGGCAACUCCAUGCAAUCAAUCAGGAGUCUCAGGAAACUAACUGGAAUCUGGAGUAUGCUAGUCUUAAAUCAAGACUGGAGGUUGUGCAAAGAAACCAUAGGCAUUUCAUGGGAGAAGAUUUGGAAUCAUUGAGCUUAAGAGAUCUUCAAAGCUUGGAAACCGAGUUGGAUUCUGGACUUAAGAAUAUGAGGUCCAAAAAGAAUCAGUUAAUGCUGAAGUCCAUAUCAGAGCUAGAGACAAAGGACAAGACACUGCAGGAGAAAAAUAACUCACUUGUCAAAAAGGUUAAAGAGAAUGAGGUGGAGGAAAAAGAAGGAGAAGUGGUUUUUCUUCAAAGGCAAAAGCUAAACACAGUCUUGCCCCCUUGGAUGAUCAGCCACAUUGAUCAUCAUCAAUCUUAUGGAUUCUGA